AAAAGAAGAAAGAGAAAUGAGAAAAGUAAAUGGUAAGGACAGGUGUGCGCGAGAUCUACUGAACAGCUUUUGUGUCCAGCCCUAUUUCUCUUCUUAAACCAACCCAUUUUUAUAUCUUUUAUUUAUAAAAAAAAGCAACACGUCAAUUGAAUUGAAGCGAGUUGAGGUUUUUACAGUCGCCGGAAAAGAAGAAGACGACGAUUCGACUCACUUAUUCCAUGUCUUACGCCGCCCACAUCUUUCGUCACUCUAAAAAGCUGAAAAGUGCUCCUGGUUUACUACGGCAUGAUCAUGCCUUAUUGGUGCGAUGGCUUUCCAGCGAUGCAAUUUCCUUCGCAAAUGGCAGAGAUGAUAUUGUGAAGCUUCGUCGAAUUGGUAAUGCAUCUCAAGAAAUGGAUGGAGUUUGCAGUAACUACACUUCGACUACAAAUUGCCUUAAUUACAACCACAGUUCUAUAAAUCCGUCAAUGGUAACAUCUGUAGGAAGUAAGCAGAUAAAGUCUACAACAAGCAAUAUGAAAUUGCAAAGUCUACUAGUUGGCUCAGUGCUUUCCCGAGGUUUCUCGAGCUCACUGGGACAAUAUAGGAGAACUUUCUCUACUGGCUCAGGCCUUCCUCCACACCAAGAGAUAGGAAUGCCUUCUCUUUCUCCUACAAUGACAGAGGGUAAUAUUGCAAGGUGGUUAAAGAAAGAGGGUGAUCAAGUUUCUACUGGUGAGGUUCUCUGUGAAGUUGAAACGGACAAAGCAACAGUUGAGAUGGAAUGCAUGGAGGAAGGAUAUUUGGCUAAGAUAGUACAUGGGGAUGGGGCAAAGGAAAUUAAAGUUGGGGAGAUCAUCGCUAUAACUGUUGAAGAUGAGGGCGACAUUGCAAAAUUUAAGGAUUACAAACCUUCGAUGUCAGAACCCGAAGCUUCCCCGAAGGAAACUCCUGUGUCUACUCCACCGAAAGAAGAUGUAGUUGAAAAACCUACGAGUUCACCCGAGCAAAAAUCAUCAAAGCCCAGUGCAGAGAAACAGACUGGAAGUCGAAUAUUCGCUAGUCCUUUGGCUAAAAAGUUGGCUGAAGAGAAUAAUGUUUCUCUAUCAAGUAUUAAAGGAACAGGGCCUGAUGGAAACAUUGUAAAAGCUGAUAUCGAAGAUUAUUUGGCUUCUCGUGGAAAGGAGGCUUCUCCUAAAGCAUCUAAAAGUGAGAAGCCAGCUGUAUCAUCUACGGAUUAUACAGAUAUUCCUCUUUCUCAGAUAAGAAAGGUCACUGCAUCACGUUUAUUGCUCUCAAAGCAGACAAUUCCACAUUACUAUUUGACAGUGGACACAUGUGUUGACAAACUUAUGGACUUAAGAGCAAAACUCAAUGCACUACAAGAAGCUUCAGGAGGGAAGAGAAUAUCUGUUAAUGAUCUUGUAAUAAAGGCUGCUGCUUUGGCACUUCGAAAAGUUCCUCAGUGCAACAGUUCAUGGACCAAUGAAUAUAUUCGCCAGUACCACAAUGUGAACAUAAAUGUUGCUGUACAGACAGAUAAUGGGUUGUUUGUUCCCGUCAUUAGGGAUGCUGACAAGAAAGGCUUGUCCAAAAUCGGUGAUGAAGUAAAGCAUUUGGCUCAGAAAGCCAAGGAGAACAACUUAAAACCAGAAGACUAUGAGGGAGGCACAUUUACUGUAUCAAACUUGGGGGGGCCAUUUGGUGUCAAGCAAUUCUGUGCCAUUAUUAAUCCUCCUCAAGCAGGAAUCCUUGCUGUUGGUUCUGCUGAAAAGAGGGUCAUACCUGGUGCUGGUACGGAUCAAUAUGCUUUUGCUUCCUUCAUGGCUGUGACUCUGAGCUGUGAUCAUCGUGUUAUUGAUGGUGCUAUCGGUGCCGAAUGGCUAAAGGCAUUUAAAGGAUACAUCGAGAAUCCAGAGACGAUGUUGCUUUAGGGAGUUGAGUUCUUUACUAUAUUUUCCUCCUGUUCUUUAACCUUCCAAUACCUGUUAUCAAGACAAGGGGAGCUUUUUUUCAGGCCGAUCACUGUACCUUACUUCUUCCCAUAACAAUACAUGGGUUAGAAAUUUUAGAAUAAAGGGAAUACGAGUGUAAUGACUCAGUUUUGCCCCUUGUAGAGUGUAAAGCUUCAAUUCCAGGAUUAUAGAAUUGAGUUCAGCAGCAUUCUUUUUGCAUCUACACUUCAUUACAAGAAUUUGCCCUUUGGAAUCAUGAUGGUAGGUUCCUUAGACUUGUAAAUCUUUUGUUGCACACGGAGAAAUAAAUUUUAUUUAACA